UCUCCGCUCUAGGUCGCCGCGUUUGCUUUUUUUUAGUUCAAUCAAAAAUUUUCAACGUUGUUUUUCCGCAUUUUCCCAGCAUUUUCGCGCGAUGGGGGAAAGCGACGCCGAAAGUGAUUCGAGCCAGAAUUCCAGCAGCAGCAGCAGUGCCAGCGGCAGCGAUACCGACGCGUCCAGGAGCGAGUCCUCCGCCAGCAGUGACCGCGAGGAAGAGGAAGCAGCGCCGCCGUCGGGGAAAUCUGCCAAAGAUGCGAAUAAAACUGAUGAUAAGGAAAAGCUGGAGCCCCCAGCGAGUGAGGCGGAGCCUGAGCAGCCGAAACAGCUCGAGGAAAAUUCUGCCGGCGAAGAGGCAGCGACAGUUUCCCAAUCUGCUGGCGUGGAAAAGCGGCAAGAAGAAGCACUCUCAGUGGAAAAAGUAAAUGAAGCGGAAAAAGCAGUGGAAAUCGAAGCACCGCGAAAAUUAACCACAACACCUGGCCAUCAAGAAGAAGAAGCCGCCGCAGGUGUGACCGAUGAGCAGGAAAAGCCACAAGCACCGGCAAUGGUUGAUGAGCAGCCGGUGGUGACCACCAAUGGAAAUGACAAGGAAUCCCCCACGGAAAUAACAAAAGCCGUGGCAGUGGAUAACCACGUUGAAGAAGGCGAAAUAACUGAUAAAGACGACGAUGAUGAGGUCUCCGCAGUGGCGCCUGGCAAGGAAGUCGAUAAACCCUUACCUGUCGCCUCUAGCAAGGACGGCAGCCCACCACCCAAAGAGUCCGCCCAGCGUCCGCGUAGCCAACGCACCUCCAGCCGCAGUCGCUCGCCUCGUAGCCGGCGUCGUCGUGGCUCCAGGAGCCGGAAGAGCCGAUCUCGCAGCCGGAGCCGCAGCCGGCGAUCCACCUCCUUGGAAAGACGUCGCCAGGAGCGACAGAGGCGUCAUGAAGUGCGUGAUAAGCUGGACAAGGAGCGCGAAAGAGAGCGCGAGAAACGGCAUCAAAAGAAGCGUGAGAGAUCACGCAGCAGGCGACGCGAUGAUUCCCGGAAAAGAUCCCGGAAGCGUUCCGGAGACCGCAGGACCCAAGAUCGCUCCACGUCCAGUCCCGGAACGAAAUCUUCGAAAAUCAACGCAGAUAAUGAGACGGUGACCGAACCAGCAGCCAAAAUCACUGAGCGUCAGAGGAAGACGGUGGAUGUGCUGACCUCUCGAACGGGAGGAGCAUAUAUCCCGCCAGCCAAGCUGCGCAUGAUGCAGGCGCAGAUCACGGACAAGGCCUCGGCAGCGUAUCAGCGAAUCGCCUGGGAGGCCCUCAAGAAGUCCAUCCACGGCUACAUCAACAAGGUCAACGUGACGAACAUUGCGAUAAUAACGAGGGAGCUGCUGCGGGAGAACAUUGUGCGGGGUCGGGGCUUGCUCAGUCGCAGCAUAAUCCAGGCCCAGGCUGCCUCGCCCACCUUUACCCACGUCUACGCGGCCCUCGUGGGGAUUAUCAAUUCGAAAUUCCCGAAUAUUGGCGAGCUGCUGCUGAAGCGUUUGGUCAUCCAGUUCCGGCGGGCCUUCCGGCGCAACGAUAAGAUGGUUUGCAUGUCGGCCACCCGGUUCAUCGGGCACCUGGUCAACCAGCGUGUGGCCCACGAGAUACUGGCGCUGGAGAUCCUCACCCUCCUGGUGGAGACGCCCACCGAUGACUCCGUGGAGGUGGCCAUUGCGUUUCUCAAGGAAUGCGGCAUGAAGCUGACGGAGGUGUCCUCCAAGGGCAUUGGAGCCAUAUUCGAGAUGCUGAGGAAUAUCCUGCACGAGGGAAAGCUGGACAAGCGGGUGCAGUACAUGAUCGAGGUGCUGUUCCAAGUGCGCAAGGAUGGCUUCAAGGAUCACCCGGCCGUGGUGGAGGAGCUGGAGCUGGUGGAGGAGGACGAUCAGUUUACGCACCUCAUGAUGCUGGACGAGGCCACCGAAACAGAGGAUAUACUAAAUGUCUUCAAGUUCGAUGAGAACUAUGCCGAAAACGAGGAUAAAUACAAGGGUCUGAGUCGCGAGAUCCUGGGCAGCGACGAUGGCUCCAGCUCAGGGUCGGGAUCGGGCUCGGGUUCAGGCAGCGAUUCGGAGAACGAGUCCGGCUCGGACGCGGAUAACCAGCCGAAGACCACCGAGGCCGGCGACAUCAUCGACAGCACAGAAACCAAUCUGAUUGCCCUGCGCCGCACCAUCUACCUGACCAUCAACUCCAGCUUGGACUACGAGGAGUGCGCCCACAAGCUGAUGAAGAUGCAGCUGAAGCCGGGCCAGGAGAUCGAGCUCUGCCACAUGUUCCUCGACUGCUGUGCCGAGCAGCGGACCUACGAGAAGUUUUACGGGCUGCUCGCCCAGCGUUUCUGCAACAUCAACAAGAUCUACAUACCGCCGUUCGAGGAGAUCUUCAAGGACACGUACCAGACGACUCACCGGCUGGACACGAAUCGCCUGAGGAACGUGAGCAAGUUCUUUGCCCACCUGCUCUUCACCGACGCCAUUAGCUGGGAUGUCCUCGAGUGCAUCCAGCUGAACGAGGACGAUACCACGUCGUCAAGCAGGAUCUUUAUCAAGAUAUUGUUCCAGGAGCUGGCCGAGUACAUGGGCCUGGGCAAGUUGAACGGGAAGCUCAAGGAGGAGGUGUUGGUGGAGAGCCUGGCCGGCUUGUUUCCCAAGGACAAUCCGCGGAAUACCCGCUUCUCCAUCAAUUUCUUUACGUCCAUUGGUUUGGGUGGACUCACAGACGACCUGAGGAUGUUCUUGAAAACGGCCCCCAAGGCGGUGCCAGCGAUCAAUGCCGAGAUCCUAGCCAGCGGUAACCCCUUCAGGGAUGGUUCUGCCCCAGCCUCCGCCCAAGGUAAUCCCAAGGGCUCCCCCUCCUCGUCGUCGUCGGCUUCCUCCUCGUCAUCCUCCUCGUCGUCCUCUGACUCGAGCAGUGAGAGUUCCAGCGAGGACGAGGAGAGCUCUGAAUCUUCCAGUGAAUCCUCAAGCUCCGAUUCCAGCUCCGAGCCGAAAAAGAAACGCAAGCGCAAGGAUAAGGACAAGGGCAAAAAGAAGGCCAAGAAAUCUGGGAAGGAAAAGUCAAAGAAAUCGAAGAAUAAAAAGUCUGGGAAAAAGAAGAAGGCGGAGAAGGAACGAGAGAAGAAGGCAGAGAAGGAGAAGCUGAAGGCGGAGAAGGAACGGGAAAAGGAGCGACUAAAAGCAGAAAAGGAACGAGAAAAGGAGAAGGAUCUUGAAAGGCAGAGAGAGAAAGAAAGAGAACGGGAAAAGGAACAGAAAGUCGGAAGGGAGCGGCAAAAGGAGAAAGAGAAGCAGCGCAAAAAGGACAAAAAUAAAUCAACCAAAAAGAAGUCCAAGCGCAAGCGAGACAGCUCCAGUUCCAGCAGCCACAACAGCAGCAGCGAAGAAAGCGGCGGCAAAUCUUCAUCGGAGGAUGAUUCCUCCGAUUCUUCAGAUUCCUCCAGCGGCGAAAGCGACGCGGAACCUCAGCGCACGGACCAUCGCCAGGAGGCGACUAACACACAAAAUAAAUUCAGGGGACAACCCAUAGAUAGCGACGAGUUCAAUCUGGAAGGUCCUGAGGCCAGAGGACCGCCACAGCGCUACCAUUCGAAUGGAAACAGAAACGGAAACGGUCAGCGGGAGCGGGAGAGUUCCCUUGAUAGAGAGAGAAAGCGGGAGAAUCUGUUUGGCAAGGAGAGAAAGCACGAGAACCCCUUUGGCAGAGACAGAAAACGGGACAAUUCUUCGAAUGAAAGAAGCCGAAAGCGGGACAAUUCCUCCAAUGAAGGAGGCAGAAGGCACGACGGUAGAAGGCAACAGAAUUCCUCCAAUGAGAGGAGCCAAAUGCGGGACAAUUCUUUCAACGAAAGAGGCAGACGGCGAGAGAACUCUCCGACAGAAAGAGUCCGAAAGCGGGAGAAUUCUCCAAUUGACAGAGAUCGCAAACGGGACAAGCGCGACAGAUCCCCUUCCUACGAGAAGCCCCGCCGGAGGGAGAACUCCUCCCCAAGAGAUCGGCGUGCGGAGAAAAGCAGUCGCGGACGCGGGGAUCGCUCUUCCCGGGACCGGGAUAGGGAUCGGGAUCAGGACCGUGAUCGGGAUCCGAAGAGGCAACGGGAACGUGGCCGAGAACGCGGUGACCGUGAACUGGAACGAUCUCGGGACCGCUCACGCUCGCGCAGGGAGCGCAGCUCACACCGCAGGGUGUCCAAGGGGCGUGGCUAAUAUUCUUUGGAGACUGCAACCGUUGACGACGUCAGAAUAUUCUAAAGGCAUUACAUUAAUUGUGUUAAAUAUUUAACAUGUAAAACUGUGUACAAAGAAAAACCCUCUAAGCUGCUAAACAACAAAAAAUAAUUGUACAAAAUGCAACCAUAAAAAAAGGAAAA